GCCCUGCCCCUCCCCUCCUGUUCCCUCUAGCUGUGGCUGGACCGUACGUUCCUCUCAGUCCGGUACUGGAACGACUCGACGGAACCAACUGAGGCUACGACAUUACGGAUUUAUUAACCACAUGACACGGUCCAAGGACACGUAAGGUCCAUGUUGGGUCGAGGUGUGAAGAGGAAGAGGAGCAGCCUGGAGGAGCUGGACGUGGAGGUGCUCCCUAAUGCUGUGGGGAAGCUGGUGGGGGAGGACAGACAGGAUGAGGUGUCCAAACUGUCCUCGAGUCACCUGCAGCAGCGUCAGCUGGUGCUCAGCCUCUGCUUGGAGAAGCUUCAGGACUGUAAGGUGGGCAUGGAGCUCAGCCUUCGGCGCUCAGUGCUGCUCAUCAACACGCUCCGGCAGAUCCAGGAGGAGAUGCAGAGUGAUGGGACGGGAGCGUCUGUCCCAGGUUCAUGCAGAGACUCCCGUCUUCUCAGGGACGACAUCAGAGAGGUCAUGCCCUUGACCUGUCCUGGGUGUUCAGGAGGAGACGAUGAGAGUCGGUCUCUCCCGCUGUCCCCAUCACUCCCUUCUCAGGAAGCCAACAUCUCCAUGGAGCAGCAGAAGCUUCUGCCCAUCAGUAGUGAUGCUGCUAGCGCUAUGGGCUACCUGAGUGACCUCCCUCUGGAUGACAUAUUUGAGGACAUCGACACAUCAAUGUACGAGACUUCUGAUCUGUCUUCUGCAUGGACAGCAGCGUCUCUGUGGCCUAUCAGUGUGUCUCUGUGGCCUGAUGAAGACCUGAAGCCUCCUCCUUCCAGCCAUUCCACAGGUGGAAUUCUCACAUCCCGUCUGAUGGACCUGAAUGAGCUGGACCACAUCAUGGAGGUUCUGGUGAAGUCGUAACCACCAGGAAUCUUCUCUGACCGGAGGUUAUGGGGCAGAACCAAUUAAAUCAGAUUUAUGGACACGUUUGUUAUAAACAAUUUAUUAUAAAUCCAGAGUCAGGUAAAACCCAGACCUGUAGCCUGGUCAGGACGAAUGUUUGGUUUUUAUUUCCAGUUUUCAGAUUGAAGUCAAAAUGUUGACACAAGUCAAAAUAUAAUUUCCAUAAAAAUUCAGAGGAAGUGAACCUGGUUCUGAGCUGUUAGGUCACUGUAGUUCUUUUCCUCAAGGCAUUAUGGGUAAUGUAGGCCUUUGCACCUGUUCUGGUUUAGUUUGGAUUCAGUACAACCAUUUUAGUCCUCACAUUUCUAUUUCAUUCUGGAAAAGAUAUUUUCACUUUGUUCUCAACAUUUCGACUUGAUUUGAAUGAAAGCAUAUUUAUUUUUAUUUAAAUCGGCUCAACAGACGAUGUUAAACUUCCUGUGGAGCAGAGGUAAUGUCUCAGAGCUUCCAGAAACAGACCAGGGAUCAGUUGUACAGCAGAUGAUGAAAUUCCUUAGCAGCUCAGGUAGAAGGAGCUAAAUGUGGAUCUGUCAGGAGACCUGGGCUUCCUCUGAGUACGUGGACCGACUGUUUCUGAUGGCUCACAGCAGAACAUUAGAACCACUCAGCCUGGAUUAUUUCUCCUGUUUAUUUGAGUGGUUGGUAGAAGAACUGGUCGCUAAUCUGUAAUCUGGAGAUGAGACGUCAAGCAGCAACAAAACACUAAAUCAUCAAGACUCCCAACGGAGAAAACGACACGUUUAACAUGUUUUAAAGGUUUUUAUUUCCUCUCCACUAAUGAACAAGCAGCUGAUCAGACAGGUUCUGACCCUGGUCUCUCAGUGUGACCCGAUCCGGUCCAUCAGACCUGUUGGAGAAGCCCUGGCCCUGCUUCGCUGACAGCAGCUUGUAUUUACGGUGAAACAAACGUCACACGAAGGCAGCAGGAACCUUGCACUUUAGAGACAAAUGGACCGAGCUGACCUGUGAUCCCGAGUUGUGACAAAAACAGAGACGUCUGUAUUUCUACGGCAUUUUUUAUUCUGAUGUUGGGGUGUUUUUAACAGUGUUGCACCUGUUUCUCCCUGAAUUGUAUUUCCACGUCCAGCCGCAGAGCUCCAGGUUGCUGCGGUGGCCCGGACUGUUUGUGUUUUACUCCUCUUCUACCUCGUGUCUGCUUCUGGUCUAUCUGGACGGUCCUGCUUUGUUCUAGAGCUGUGACUCAUUUUGUAUUGUCAUUUUAACUUAACCAAAGUAACCCAUCCUCAUCGUGUGUGGAAAACGUGCCUUACUACUGAAUCAAGAUGUUUUUAUGGUUGAGGCUUCAAACUGAGUGAAGAACCUGAAACCUGCAGAGAGCUGUUAUAUAAAACACUCAGAGACCUGCCUCUGCUCCCGCCAUCGUACAGACAUAUGAGCAUAAUGCGUUCUGACAGGCUCACAGUCAACUAUCUGGAGGAGGAGGGG